ACUACCAAAUCAUCAUCAAAUUUAGAAUAUAGUUCUAACAUAUUACAUAAUAACAUUAUAAAACCUAAUUUAUUGUUUAAAUUACCAAAACUGUUGCAGUAUAUACUUCGAAACCUUAAUAAAGCCGAUUUAAGAUUCAAUCGCACACACUCUGGAAUAAUAACUCGAAAAGAUCGAAAAUUAAUGCAACUUUUGGCACUUUAUGAAUAAUACAAUUAACACUAAGGGUAAAUUCGCAUAUUGUAUGUCUAAACUUUACUGAACCAAUAAGCAUCUCUGAUAAACCAACUAUAAGAGGCAAUAUGGAAGAUUAUGAUAAGGAUCUUAAUAAGGUUUUAGGGGCCCAAAUUGACCCAGAUAGCCAAAAAGAAGAAAUACACGACAAACUUGCGGGAAAUGAUGGACUAGAUGAAAACAAUAGCCAUGGUAAUGAUCUGUACGCUGUAGAAGAUGAACACGACCCAUGGUUGAAGUCAUUGGAAUCUAAUACACCCGUAUCUUCAAAGGAACCUUAUUCCUAUUCAAACAAGCCUAAGCCCGCAAAAACCGCUGAAACAGAUGUUUUUAAGGCAAUAGAUGAUAUGCCUACCAUAGAAAUUGUUAAACUAUUGAUAUCCAAGUUGGAUGAGGAUGAAACCCCAAUCUCCCUGUUAAAUUCUAGGAAGCGUAAAAGGGCCACUAAAACAGAAACCGACAAAAGUGGAAAGGAAGCUGCAGACAGCAUAGGUAUAUCUGAUCUGGCUCAUGCCCUUAUUAUGAGAUGGGAAAAUGUCUAUUACAUGUCUAGAGAAGAAAUCGUAGAAUCAUUCAUCGAUUACAGAUGUAAUAUUAGAGACAAAUCUCCUUUCCCAAGAAGCUACCAGUUUAAAUGGGUUCACGGUGACGAUACAAUCUAUGGCCCAUUUUCACAAUCAGAUAUACUAAAAUGGAUACUCCACAAUUAUGUUUCGGAUACAAACCCUAUAGUUAUCCGUGAAUUGGACAACGAAGAUGUACCUCUUUCAGAUGAAUGGAUUGAUUAUAAAGAUUCUACCCUAUAUAAAGAUGUGAAAAGUGCAAAAUCUAAAAAUAAGGAAGAAUCAGACUUUAACACUGAUGACGAUCCAGACGAUACGUUGUUUUCGACACACAAGUCAAAAAAACAGAGAUUGAUAAUAUCCGCAAAAGACAGAAGGACUAGAAAACAUGAAUCGGAUUCUGAAGACGAAAUUAAUCCAUACAACUAAAUUU